AUGUUAUCUUCCUCUUCAUCAGAGGUCGUCAGUGCAAAGCAGGCGAUAAAGGAUGAUCAAUGGGAUGACUGCUCUGCUGCAUUCAUUGGUCUUGGAGUCUAUAGCUACUACACUGGCAUGAACAACCUUCGCAAACAAGAGAAGGCUAUCAUGCAGGGCCCGACCAAGUACAAGAUGGGAUCACGUCGCUUGGGUAUUGCCUCAAUAUCGGCGAGUCUGAUUGGACUGGGACUCUGGAGGGCGUUUAAUUAG